CGGCUCCUUCCUUCCUUAGGCUCCCUCCCCUGCUGCUGCUCCUCCCCGCACCAAACACCAGGAGAGACGAGACGAGACCCGACCACCGUCGCCAAGGAGGCGAUAUGAUUCUGGCCGUGCUCUUCGCCAACUCCGACGGCAACAUCCUCAUCGAGCGGUUCCAUGGGGUUCCCGCGGAGGAGAGGCUCCACUGGCGCUCCUUCCUGGUGAAGCUUGGAUCCGAGAACCUCAAAGGCUCCAAGAACGAGGAGCUCCACGUUGCAUCCCACAAGUCGGUCUCUAUUGUUUAUACCACAAUUGGGGAUGUCUGCCUGUACAUUGUUGGCAAGGAUGAAUAUGAUGAGCUUGCUUUGGCCGAGGUGAUAUUUGCAAUCACAUCAGCGGUGAAGGAUGUCUGUGGAAAACCUCCUACCGAGCGCCUCUUCCUUGACAAAUACGGGAGGAUCUGCUUGUGCCUUGAUGAGAUUGUUUGGAAGGGUCUGCUUGAAAACACGGAGAAAGACAGAGUGCGGAGGUUGAUUAGACUAAAGCCCCCUGUUGAGCCAUGAUUUCCAUGUGUAUUUUAUGCUGUGUAUUGCUGUAAUUCAAAUCCAAUCCCAUUUACAUUUAUAGGCGAAAGUUCAGAGUUUGCCUCUGCCCUUUGUAUCUGCAAGACCAUCACUCGCUCAUCUGAGGCCUGUGUGUGACAUUUACACAAGAUAGCCUAUGAUCCUUGAAUUUGUUGUGU